UAGUUGCCUAGUUGACCACCGACGGUCGAUUAACAAGGAGCACUCAGACAAACCGUUACGACGCUCAUUUGAUUCUUUCUGUUCAGUGUAAUAAUAAUGCUUCUCACCCAUAAAAUCGUAAACUUUCGUGAUCGUGAUUUAUGAAAUGCAAAAAUACUCUACCUGGAGUACCAGAUCUGUUUCAGUGACUUGUUCUUGAUUUUCGACAGUCUCGUGUUUUCUUACGUUUCGAAAAAUCAUGGAGAACGAUAUACAGCUGACGGAUGUGAAUGUCACGGGCAACGAAUCUCCUGUCAAUUUGCAGGAAAGCAAGGAAAAAUCAAAUAGGAAAACCGACAUUACGUAUGGCAUAGACGACAUACCACCAUGGUACCUUUGUUUGUUUAUGGCACUCCAGUUCAUUGUUUCAGCAUUAUUUAACUAUGAUCGGAGCUAUAGUCUCCAUUCCUUUCAUCCUGACUCCGGCACUCUGCAUGGCAGAAGAUGAUCCGGCAAGAAGUCACAUUAUAUCCACUAUGAUUCUCGUUACGGGCAUUGUCACGUUAUUACAAACAACCGUGGGUUGCAGACUUCCACUGGUUCAAGGGGGUACGAUAUCCUUUUUAGUACCUACUCUGGCCAUUUUGAAUUUACCUCAAUGGAAAUGUCCCUCUGAUGACGUCAUGAAUUCUAUGACGUAUGAUGAUCGUACUGAAUUAUGGCAGGUGAGGAUGCGCGAGUUGUCUGGUGCUAUUGCCGUGUCCGCAUUGUUUCAAGUAAUCAUUGGUUACGGAGGCAUUGUCGGAUAUUUACUUAAGUUUAUUACACCCUUAACCAUCGUACCGACGGUUUCAUUGGUGGGUUUGUCGCUAUUUGAAAAUGCCGCCGACGCCGCUUCAAAACACUGGGGUAUUGCAGUAGGAACCAUACUGAUGUUGACGCUCUACUCGCAAAUUUUGGUAAACGUACGAUUUCCAGUUGUCACAUACAGAAAGCAGGAAGGCUUCCAAAUCAUUUGGUUCUCCUUAUUCAAAUUGUUUCCGGUCCUGCUAACGAUAGUAGCAAUGUGGGCGAUUUGCGGAAUUCUCACAGCCACAGAUGUUCUACCGCCUGGACACCCCGGCAGGGCUGACACAAAAUUAAAAAUAAUUAGCGAUUCACCCUGGUUUCGAAUACCAUACCCAGGUCAGUGGGGUAUCCCAACCGUUAGUCUGUCCGGAGUGCUUGGCAUGUUGGCAGGUGUGAUCGCGUGCACCGUAGAAUCCAUUAGUUAUUAUCCUACUACGUCGCGGAUGUGUGGUGCACCCCCACCGCCUCUUCAUGCAAUUAAUAGAGGAAUUGGUAUGGAGGGUCUUGGCACUGUGCUGGCAGGACUUUGGGGUAGCGGAAAUGGUACAAACACAUUUGGAGAAAACGUUGGUACAAUUGGCGUGACAAAAGUUGGCAGUCGAAGGGUGAUACAGUGGGCCUGUGUCUUGAUGAUACUUCAAGGAAUCGUCAGUAAAUUUGGGGCUAUUUUCAUCAUCAUUCCUGAACCCAUAGUCGGUGGUAUAUUUUGCGUCAUGUUUGGAAUGAUAACAGCAUUUGGUCUCUCGGCGUUGCAGUAUGUCAAUUUGAAUUCCGCAAGAAAUCUUUACAUACUGGGAUUCUCGCUGUUCUUUCCAUUGGUUCUAUCAAAAUGGAUGAUAAAGCACCCUGAUAUUAUCAAUACCGGAAAUGACAUAGCCGAUAGCGUUAUUACGGUACUGCUAAGUACGACAAUUUUAGUUGGCGGAGUCGUUGGAUGCCUUUUAGAUAAUAUUAUACCAGGUACUUCAGAGGAGCGUGGCUUAGACGCGUGGGCUAACGAAAUGGCGUUGACUGUAGAUACGCCAGAUGUUGACGAGGAUACUGAUAAGGAAUACAUAAGGAACACUUUCGAUUUUCCAAUUGGAAUGAAUUUGCUCAGAAGAUGGAAAUGGACGUCAUACUUACCAUUUUCACCAACCUACAGACCAAGACCAUACCCUUGUUGUCGUUCAAAGAAAAGUUAGUUAUAUUUUAUAGAACAGUAGGUACAUUAACAUUUUAGAUAUAUUUAUAUGUAUAGUAAAACCAAUUUGUAAGGCCAUAUGCAUAUUUGUACGAUAGAAACCUUUCUGAUAGAAAUUAAUAUGGUAUUGUUAUAUAAAAAAGUUAUGUGCAAUAUUAUUGUACACGUCACUGACACUUGGUAUUUUGUGCUUGCUGUAUUAAAAUCAAAUGUCCAAGUUUUUUUUAGUCAUGGAAGGCCACUUUUUGAGAUUUCAAAACAAAUUUUAAAUUGAUGCGUUCAACGAUACAGUUAAUUAACACAUAUUGUCAUUAAGUACAGGAGCACUAAAUCGUUAUGA